GCGAUAUACGACAUGCUGGGCGCCUGUUCGAGCAACAGGCCGGCGGACAGUGCGGAGGAGAGGGCGAAGAACAUCUUCGCAAAGAUGGACGAGAACAACGACGGCCAGCUGACGCAGGACGAGUUCCUGAAGGGCUGCCUGCAGGACGAGGAGCUCUCCAAGAUGCUGGCGCCUUAAUCGCGAGGCGUCGCGGUCGCGAAAGACACGACGCCGUCGCGGCGAAAAGCGUCGCCGACAGGCGGGGUUAACCUAACCUAACCGACGAGAAACUGCGCGUUAGAACUUUCCUAUCGUGGGGCGACGGAUUCGAGGGGACUACGGGGACACGCGUUCCGCGUGCUUCUUUCGCAACGGAUCCCUUGGAAGCAACUUCUUCUUCGGCCCCUUUCGUUUCGCGGAGAGACCAAGAUGGCGUCUCGCACGAAAUUGGAUUUGCAAGAAGCCAUCUACUUCGACUCCUUUUCGCGUCACGGAGAGACCAAGAUGACGCUCAGGAGCCCCGCGUGCCGUUCGACCUCCACGAGAUGACGGAUUUAUAUGAAACGAUCUUCUUCGGCCCAGUCCGUGUCACGAGGAAACCAAGAUGGCGUUUGAGAGCCCCACGUGCCGUUCGACUUCCACGAGAUGACGGAUUUAUAUGAAACGAUCUUCUUCGGCCCAGUCCGUGUCACGAGGAGACCAAGAUGGCGUUUGGGAGACCCGUGUGGCGUCCCACGAGAAAUUGGAUUUGCAAGAAGCGAUCUACUUCGGCUUCUUUUCGUGUCACGGAGAGACCAAGAUGGCACUCGGGAGCACCGCGUGCCGUUCGACCUCCACGAGAUGACGGAUUUGUAUGAAACGACCUUCUUCGGCCC